UCCGCUCCUGUGGGACGCCAAUGCACUUGUAAAGGGAGGGCUGGAGGCAGACACAAAGCCUGGGCCCUCCCCCACUGUGUCCUUCUUCUCCUCCUCUUCUCAGCUCGGAAGUCCUGCCUUGGUGCUGCGCUGGUGUAAGCCCGGAGCACAGGCUUUCAUACCAUUCCACACACCCCCAAUCCAGACCUCUCGACCUGCAGCGAGGGCAGUGCAAGAAAGUGAUGUGACGUGAUACUGGAGACAUCUGAAUGUUUACUUUGUCCUUGAAGGCUGUUAACAACACAAUUGGAAAGACCAAAAUAAAGUGAGAACUAUACAUGAAGAAGAGUCCCCGUCUACUUAGCCCUCACUGAAGUAGAUAAGAGACUAACCACCACUCUUACGGCAUCCAGGAUUGUAACUGACAAUUGUAACAAGGAAGAGAGAUGCGGGAAUGAGCAGGACAUCUGGGAGAUUCCUCCUAAGGAGUCCGAGGUGCACAGAGGAACCUGCCUGGGGAGAAUGGCCUCUUUGACAAUGGCUGCCCGUUGUCAGGACAAGAGAGGAAGCUUCUUUAAGCUCAUUGACACGAUUGCCUCUGAGAUCGGAGAACUGAAACAAGAGAUGGUGCAGACAGAUGUCAGCCUGGAAGAUGGACUGGAACCCACUGAAAUACCCAGUAGAGUGAAAAACAUGGAUAAUGUUUGUCCUGAGAAAAAGGAUUUAAAAAGCUGCCCGCGGGAUUCUGGCUACGACAGCCUGUCCAACAGACUCAGCAUAUUGGAUCGCCUUCUGCAUACACAUCCCAUAUGGCUACAGCUGAGUUUAAGUGAUGAAGAAGUAGCAGGAAUACUUCAGUCCCAGCCUCCAGGGAUCUUCCUGGUUCGAAAAUCUUCUAAAAUGCAAAAGAAAGUCCUCUCGCUUCGUCUACCCAGUGAAUUUGGGUCCUAUCUCAAGGAAUUUGCAAUAAAGGAAAGCACAUAUACGUUUUCCUUGGAAGGCUCUGGGAUCAGUUUUGCAGAUUUAUUCAGGCUCAUUGCUUUCUACUGCAUUAGCAGGGAUGUCCUACCAUUUACCCUGAAGCUGCCUCAUGCCAUUUCAACAGCAAAGACAGAGGCUGAACUAGAAGACCUGGCCCUGUUGGGACUGAAUUUUUGGAACUCUCCGGCUGACAACAAAGCCCCAAAUCCUCCACCUCCUCAUAGGCCUCUCCCCUCAGACGGUGUCUGUCGAGCUCCGCGUCAGCUUUGCCUUAUAAAUGGGGUGCAUUCUAUAAGAACCAGAAGGCCUUCGGAGUUGGAGUGCAGCCAGACCAACGGGGCCCUGUGUUUUAUUAAUCCUCUUUUCUUAAAAGUGCACAGCCAGGACCUCAGUGGAAGCCUGAAAAGGCAGAGUACAAGAACUGCAGAAGUGAAUGGCACUGAGAGUCCUCGUUCUCCCCCACCCAGACCCCCACCACCGUCUAUUAAUAGUCUCCCCACAAGCCCUCAGCUGUCCAGGACUGAAACCCAGGCGAGUAUGCCAGAAACAGUCAACAAGAACAAACAUGGGAACGUAGACUGGCUGGGAAAGAAACCGACCCCCAUCCCUCCACCUCGUCUGAAGAAACAGGCUUCUUCUUUGGAAGGAGAAGGAGCAAAGACCUUGACAGUCAUUCGACCUUGUCUUAGCCAAGAGCCUGCAUCGGGAACUGCUGGCAGCCCAGGUGAUGCCCCGCCUGGACAGAAUCCAGCAGGCUGCAAAAAGACUCUGCCUCCAAGCUCUGACUCACAACUCCAGUGGAAUGGAGGCCGGCAGAGACUGAGCGACAUGAGCAUAUCUACUUCCUCCUCCGACUCACUGGAGUUUGACCGGAACAUGCCACUGUUCGGCUACGAAGGGGAUACCAACAGCAGCCUGGAAGACUACGAAGGAGAGAGUGACCAAGAGAGCAUGGCACCCCCCAUCAAAUCCAAAAAGAAAAGAAGCGGCUCCUUUGUUCUCCCCAAAAUUGUCAAAUCUCAACUACGGAAAGUGAGUGGGGUUUUCAGCUCCUUCAUGACCCCUGAGAAGAGGAUGAUCAAGAAAAUUGCCGAACUGUCCCGGGACAAGCGCACUUAUUUCGGGUGCCUGGUACAGGACUACGUGAGCUUUCUGCAGGAAAACAAAGAAUGCCACGUUUCCAGCACGGACAUGCUACAGACCAUCCGACAAUUCAUGACUCAGGUCAAGAACUAUUUGUCCCAGAGCUCGGAACUGGAUCCCCCAAUUGAAUCACUGAUUCCAGAAGACCAAAUAGAUGUUGUGCUGGAGAAGGCCAUGCACAAGUGUAUUCUGAAACCUUUGAAGAGCCACGUUGAAGCCUCCUUGAAGGAUUUCCACACUGCUGAUGGCUCUUGGAAACAGUUGAAAGAGAACCUACAGCUGGUCAGACAAAGGAGCCCUCAGGACCUGGGUGUGUUUGCCCCAACUCCAGAUUUUGUAGAUGUUGAAAAGAUCAAGGUCAAAUUCAUGACCAUGCAGAAGAUGUAUUCACCUGAAAAGAAAGUCAUGUUGCUGCUGAGAGUCUGUAAACUUAUUUACACAGUCAUGGAAAAUAACUCAGGGAGGAUGUAUGGUGCAGAUGACUUCUUGCCAGUGUUGACCUAUGUAAUAGCACAAUGUGAUAUGCUUGAACUGGAUACAGAAAUUGAGUACAUGAUGGAGCUGUUAGAUCCAUCAUUGUUACACGGAGAAGGAGGCUAUUACUUGACCAGUGCCUAUGGAGCACUUUCCUUAAUAAAGAAUUUCCAGGAGGAACAAGCAGCUCGCCUGCUGAGCUCAGAGACCAGAGACACCCUCAGGCAGUGGCAUAAGAGGAGAACAACGAAUAGGACCAUUCCGUCUGUUGAUGACUUUCAGAAUUACCUCCGAGUUGCCUUCCAGGAGGUUAACAGUGGUUGCACAGGAAAGACUUUAUUGGUGAGGCCCUAUAUUACUACUGAGGAUGUGUGCCAACUCUGUGCUGAAAAGUUUAAAGUAGAGGACCCUCAGGAAUACAGUCUCUUUCUUUUCGUGGAUGAAACUUGGCAGCAGCUGGCAGAAGACACUUACCCCCAGAAGAUCAAGGCUGAACUGCACAGUCGGCCACAACCUCAUGUCUUUCACUUUGUCUACAAGAGAAUCAAGAGUGAUCCAUAUGGAGUCAUUUUCCCAAACAAUGAAGAAGAAAAUGUCUCCACCGCAUAGAAUGAGGCAGGGUCCUUCCCAGUAGCGCACAUGAGCUCUUGUUGGGAGUGUCACUUUCUUGGCAGUCACAUGCCUGAGGUUCAGAAAGGCAGGUUGCAGUCUCUUGCUCAGUGGCCAAGCUGUGAGCCUCUUGCUUGGUGGCCAAGCUGUGAGUAGCGCUUAUUGUGAAUAUGCAGACAGCGGCCAUGGCUGUGAUUACCUUAAGCCACACUGUGUCCAAGCAAAUUGAGCUGAGUUUCUUGGAAUGUUAGAAUUUCUACUUCAGUGUCCUUCAGACACUUGGUUUCUACAGCAUCCUGAGGCCUACUUUAUAUCUACCCUUUAGACAGGUUUAUUUUUAUUUAAGCAUAUGCGUCUAUGCUGGAUAAACUUGUUGUCUAGGCUAGUACUCUCUUGAUUUCACCAGCAGGUGUUUGACAAGACUGUCCGAUGCAGUGCAUCAAUUAACUCUCACAGUUCUAUGGAUGGUUGCAUCAUCCUUUCCUACAACUAAUAUUUUUUUUUAUAAAAAGCCUCUGUUUUUAUAUUUCAUAGAAAUUUUUAUAGCAGUUGCAGGUAAACUGUCAGGGUUGGUUUUUAAAAUAUUUUUGUAACUAUAAAAUAUUCUAUAAUUAUGCAUGUGAUUUUUAACAUUUAAUAUACAAAAAAAUAAAUCUCUUGCUGGUUUUAGAGUAUUUCAUUAAGAAGUCCCUCUUUUCUGUAACUGGACAUUUGGACAAUUUUUAAAAGGAGAGACUGCUGGGUUUCUUUAAGCAACUUGUAUCACUGACACUGGCCUCUGAAUGCCUAUAGAUAAAUCUGAUGUACUGUUAUCUUGAGUUUUGUUCAUGCACAGUGUGUUUUGUUUUUGUUUUUGUUUUUUUUGCCAACAAGUGAUGCUGGGAAUAAUGGAAGAACUGAAUGUAGAGAAAGGAAGAGGGAGAAUGUAUAGAACAUAACCUAGGAAUGAAUGUUAGUCUGCUGGUUCAGGCUUCUUGCAGAAUGUGCCGGAAGGAGAUAGAAAGAAUCAUGUCUGCUUAAAGUACUGUAAAUAUACAUUGUGAUUUGGCAAUAUCUGUCUUGGAUGUGAUUUACUUUCUUAAAGAAUUUUCAAAAACCAACCAAGAAAAUCAAUGAUAACACUAAUGCUCUCUCCCAGUAAAUCAAAGCUAACAGCAUCAAAUUGUGCUGAGUUGAAAAUAAGAUUGUAUACUGAUUGAUGCUGUUUAAGGGAAAGGGGCUAUGUAGAAAGCCACUGAACAAAUCCUUUUGAGUCACAGAAAUAUACAUUGAAAUUAAAUUUUCAUGUGCUUGUAUGACCUGUUUAGGAGUGCAGUAAAUUAUGGUUCUUCUGUCAGUGUACAAAUCCAGGUACUUAUAAGAACACAGCUCUGCUAUGUGUAAAGAUGGGUUGCUGUCCAUUACUUGGAAGGAUCUGUACUUUUUUUUUCAUUGGUUUUGUCACAUAUCUGAAACCCUCAGCACAUUCUGUGUUGUAUUCCCUUGUGUAAAUGAUAAAGAAUGGAUUUUGCACAUAAUACAUUUUAAUACUGUAUAAUA